AGCGCCAACACGCAAAUGGACAACGACGUGACGCCCGUCUAUCUGGCGGCGCAAGAAGGGCACCUGGAGGUGCUCAAGUUCCUCGUGCUGGAGGCCGGCGGCAGCUUGUACGUGCGCGCCAAGGACGGCAUGGCGCCUAUUCAUGCCGCCAGCCAGAUGGGCUGCUUGAACUGCGUCAAGUGGAUGAUACAAGAUCAAGGUGUCGAUCCAAAUCUACGCGAUGGAGAUGGUGCGACCCCGCUGCACUUCGCUGCAUCCAGGGGACACCUCGAGACUGUUCGAUGGUUGCUCAAACAUGGCGCGCGUUUGUCUUUGGAUAAGUACGGUAAGAGUCCGAUCAAUGACGCAGCUGAGAACCAGCAGGUGGAGUGUUUGAAUGUGCUGGUCCAACAUGGUACCACGCCGGAUUAUAAGGACGCCAAUGGUAAUGGCGAUAAGAAAUACGCGUCUUGCUCAUGUGCUAGGAACUCAUCCAAAAGGUCAAAUUUUGAUUGCUCAACUUGCAAACGGCACCAGGCCGAGCCGUUCUACCUGCACCCGCCACUAGCUCGCGCAGCCGCAGGGGUAGAAACCCCGCACGCACCACAAGAUGGUCUUUACAUCAACCCAAUGGGUGUCGCCGCAUCAGCACACCAUCAUAGACAUGCGUCUGCUGGUAGUGACUGUGGUAGUGCCAGCUCCACAUGCAGCAGCACUAAUGGAGGGAGUGGAGGUGGGGAGUCUUUUUAUUUGCAUAACCCACAAGAGGUGAUCUAUAACCGCGUUAAGGACCUGUUCCCGAACAACGCGUCUCUCUCCGCCCUUACGGUGAAAGUCGAAGUGCACUCCAGCAGCAGCGGAGCCGGGUCGGACGAGAACACAUCCUCGGCGGCGUCCUCCAGCUCGGAGGGAGGUGGUGCCGCCUCCGGUGAUGAUCAUGAUCAUGACUACGAAGAUAUCUAUAUGGUGCGUGAUGAACACAAUAAACAUGCGAAGGCGGCGAAUCGGUCACGGUCCAGGGAUAGUGGAUCACACAGCCGUAGUGGAUCGGCAAGUUCCGGCGCCUCCACCUCCGCGAGUGGAUGUAAUGUUAUCGUUAAACUUACAACCACCAACAGCGCUUCGCCGGCGUCCACGCUCAGCGAUAAUGAUUACAGCCGGCAUAAACCGCUGGGGAAGGCGGCUAGUAUGCCGCCCCCACCGCCGCCCUUACCCAGUGGCGGGGAUCGUAACACCCGCGCACGUCCCACGAAUACUACCGAAGAAAAAAGAAACGCUGAAGAAAAUUCCGGCGAAGAUGAACAGCGUGGUACUGAUGAAGUUGAAAUUUUAGAGGAACCCUCUGUGCGUCCGUCGGAUGUCGUCAAAGGAAUGUGUCGCAGCAUGUCCGCGCUGAGCGCGAAACGCCUCAACUCCUCCUGCUCGGAUCUGACAAUCAUUUCGCUGGAUUCAUCAUCGGCGUCACCGAGCGACGCCAGCAAACUGUCACAGCCGACGCUGGCGGGGAAGACCCGAGUGCUUCCAUUCGUCCCACCAUCUUUCCCGCAAUCGGCGGGUGCUUCCGCCACCAAUCAUCUUAUCAAACCUUCGGAAUAUUUAAAAAGUAUCGGAAAAUGCGAUGGGGUUGAGUUGUUAGCCGCCGCUCAACAACCGGUGGCUACAUCCCCACCUCCACCGCUACCACCGCCACUGCCGGAGUCACAGCCGCCUCCAUUACCACCCCCGAACAGGAACGUGCCCGGCGCUGAGGAAAUCACUCAAGCAAAGAAGAAACAACAACCGCUGUCGGCAAUCAGCAUCCACGAUAUCAACUCAGUGCAGUUGCGUCGGAUUGACAACAAGAUGGCGGCCGGGAAAACUUUCUCCGCCCCCGUGCGCAGUAUGAGUCUGCAGAGCUUGACGACGGAUUUCGUCGCGCAGAAAACCGACCUCAUUGCCGAGCUGAAGAUGAGCAAGGACAUCACCGGUAUCAAGAAGAUGAAGAUCGAGCGCGCCAAGGUGGAAGAGAAGCACGAGAAGGAGAUGUACACGGAGAUUUCCAAACAGUACAGCACGACGAACUUUGUCGAAAAGAUUCCCGACAAGGACAACACCGGCAACGCGAUACCCGCCUGGAAGAGGCAGAUGCUCGCGAAGAAGGCAGCGGAGCGCGCGCGCAAAGAGCUCGAGGAACAAUUACAGCGAGAAGCUGAAGAAAAACGUCUAUCGGCCAUUCCGCAAUGGAAGCGCCAGCUUAUGGCCAAGAAGGAGGAAGCGGAAAGCAAAAUUAGGCACACACUCUACACACCCAAAGUGGAAGAUCCCUCCAAUAAAGCAACGCUCAAAUUGAUGCCUGAACCCAACAACAACAAUCAGGACGAACCUGAUUAUCAGGAGGAACAGCCCAGGGAAGAGCCGCAGGUUGAUAGGAAACCGCGUGAGGAAGAGGACGAGGAGUCCAAUGAAAGCAGCGAGGAGGAGAUUGCCAUCAUUCCAUGGCGAGCGCAACUUCGAAAGACCAACAGCAAGCUGAAUCUGUUGGAUUGAUGGCGCGUUUUAUUUUGUUUAUGGUUUAAUUAUUGUUAUUACAUAUAGUAAGUCCGAUAAUUUCUUAGUCAUUAUCUAUAUUAUCCAUGCAUUAUAUGAGUUUUAUUUAAGUUUUGUAGCUGAAUGAAUGUGCUUAAGAGUGGGAGUGGUAUUUUAUAUAAAAAAAUCUCUAUAAACAGAUUGCAUCUUGUACCAAACACCAAUUGGUGGUGCAGCGUGCAUUGGCCGUGUGCAAGUGAGAAUCGAUUUUUGGCAUGCAUUACAUUCUGUUUAGUUAAUCAUCCUUCUAACAUGUAAUAAUAAUAAUAUAUAAAUAUAUACGUCUUUGUUAAUGAA